AUGGAUGGACAUGAGCAGUCGUUUAUCAUUGAUUGUGCUCAACAUGCACUGGAUGCGCUCGAUCAUCAAAUUGUCGGAUUAGAAGAACAGGAAAGGCAAAUCGAACAACUUAUUACUGAGUUCCAAUCAUCACAACAAGGACAAUGCUGCUUAUUAGAAGGAGAACCGAAUUGUGGUCGGGAAAGCGUUUUAAUGAAGGUUUUAGAGAAGUUUGACCUGCCUUUACGCGUUGUGAAUGUUGGAUAUAUUUCCGCGGAUCCGUUGAUCCAAGAAACGCUGGCACGAGAGAAAAAUGAAGGGUUUUCGGUAUUCCUUAUUCGGGAUGCUGAUGAGCUUUUGACACCGCAUCAACAGGAGUUCUUGUACACAAUGGCUGAUAAAGCGACGCGCUUCUCUUGGUUUGUAUUUUUUUCGAUCACAAGACAUAGUUUUGCUGCGAAAUUAGAAAAGCGUGGAACUUCGAGAAUGCCGCGAAUUCGAGUCACUUUUGAUCAGGCACCGAAUUUCGAAGAGUUUUGUGGUGCUUUUCGCAAAUUUCUGAUUCCGGCAAAUAAUAAAAAUGUAUUGUCCCCAUAUUACAUAGAAUUUGUAGAUAAACUAAACUAUCAGAAAUGGUUGAAGCCAGUCUAUGAGCGUUACAAUUAUGAUGUCUUGAAGCAAAUUGCUGCCCAGAUUCUUAUGCGGAUUGCUUUUAUUGACGAAAAGGAAAAUUUCGAGACAUUCAGCGCGAAAGACGUGACAACGAUAAUUGAAGAAACUAUUGGAUUCUGCAUUCCGGGCAACAAUCGAAGAUUGCAGUUGCUUCAUGAUCAAACUCUCCGAACACAAUGCGUUUUUCUAUGUAUUCAUCGACUUGUCAAGAAUCGGCCAGCGGAUAAUGCACUUCUCACACCAAAAACAACUUAUCGAACCGUGUUUUUAGAAUAUAAAAAGCUUGCAAACAAGAAUUACACUAUUCUCGAUGUCCAUAGCGAUAUUUUCAUUUUUCGAGAAAUCGAUCAUCUUGUGGAAUUAGGGCUUGUCAAGGCGGAUAAGGGGGCAAAUGUGACCAACACUUCAUUCAGGAAAGUUUGGCUUGACGUUGAUCCGCUGACCGUCGAGAAAUCGAUUCCUUCUUUCCAACUUCCCACAAAAAUGACGGAAGAAUAUGAUGUCGUUGCGCCGCCGAAUGCGAAGAAAAUGAAGACUGAUAUGACAAAGGAGGAGAAGAAAAUUUUGUAUGUGGUUUUGGAAGGAUGUAGCCUUGAAACUGCCAAGAUUGGUGGCGAAUACGUGAUUCUGGCGAGUGACAAGCACGCCAAUUUUCUGAGAAAACAGAAAAAGGACCCGGCAGAUUAUCGGCCGGACAUUCUUCAUCAGUGUUUGUUGAAUCUCCUCGACAGUCCUUUGAACCGCGCCGGAAAACUUCGAGUUUUCUUCCGAACCACAAAAAAUGUGCUAGUGGAUGUGUCGCCCCAAUGCAGAAUUCCGAGAACAUUUGAUCGAUUUUGUGGGCUUAUGGUUCAACUUUUGCAUAAAUUGUCGAUUCGAGCAGCCGAAACCUCACAAAAACUCAUGUCGGUUAUCAAAAAUCCAGUCACCAAUUAUUUACCAGUCGGUUCAAAAAAGAUAUUGAUGUCGUUUAACACACAGGAAAUCUGCCUUGCUAACAAACUAGUCUCACCGGAAUCAGACGAGCCAUUAGUUGUGAUUAUUGGAGGAAUUGCGAGAGGGAAGAUCUCCAUUGACUACAAUGAUUCCGAAAUGAAGAUCAGCAACUAUCCGCUAAGUGCUGCAUUGGCUUGCGCAAAAGUAACCAGUGGUCUCGAAGAGAUUUGGGGAAUUAUUUAG